AUGUCCUCUUCGACUUCAGUCCCGGCCAAGCAUGCGUCGCGCCCGUUCCGCGUGGGCAGCGACGGCCUGCCGCUGCUGCCGUGCCACGACGCGCGCGUGACCGUCGCCUUCGCCGAGGCCGCGCGCGCUCCGCCGCCGCCGCGCGCCGUGUCCGCGUUCGGCAGCGUGGACAGCCCCGCGGCCGUGCGCCGGCAGCUCGAGGCGCUGUACGCGCGCACGCAGCAGCUGCCGGCGCUGAGCGAGGCCACGCUGCGCGCCGACACGGAGCUGGAGCUGCUGCGCCGCCGCUGCUUCGCGCAGCGCAACGCGCAGUGGGGCUACACGACGCCCGACCAGCUCGAGUUCCGCCCGCAGCCGCACGCGCAGUGGACGCCGCAGCCCGCCAACGCCAAGCUGGCGCUGCGCCAGGCCAAGAUCGACGGCGCGCUGGACAAGGAGCUCGCGUUCUCGGCCGCGGACGGUGCGCGCGGCCGGGACCAGCCGCUGCAGCCCGUGCGCGACCGGCCCUGGCCGCCGGUCGAGUUCGCGCUCAAGACGGUGGCCAAGCCAGCGCGCGGCCGCGGCGGCAAGCGCAAGGCGGCGCCCAUGGCCGCCGUGCUGGACCCCGUGCCGCUGCUGGCCAGGACGUGUCGCGAGUGCGGCACGCAGUCCACGCCGCUGUGGCGCUCGCAGACCCAGGAGCAGACGCCGGCGGAUGCGCAGCAGCAGGCGCAGGCCGUGGCACCGACACCGACACCAGUGUCGGCGCAGCAGAAGCUGGAUCUUUGUCUCAGGUGCUACUUGAAGCUGGAGCGAGCUGACCUGUUCGACAAGAAGCGCGUCGAGAAGAGGCGCGAGGAGCGGCGCAAGAAGGAGCAGGCGGCGGCCGCCGCGUUGCAGGAGAAGAAGCGGCUGAAGCACCAGAUCCACGCGCUCAAGAAGCAGCAGAAGGAGCACAAGAAGCAGGAGGCGGUGGAUGACGAGCAACUGAUGGAGCAGGUGCCGCGAGAGCAGCAGCAGGAGGAGGAAGCGCCAGUGAUUCUCAAGUUCACGAGGGAGGAGAUCGAGGCGGCCACGGGCUCCUCAAAGGAGCGGAAGAAGGACCGCAAGCACAGUCGCAAGGACAAGAAGAAGAAAAAGAAGAAGCAUCGACGCAAGCACGAGCUGGAGGUGGAGUCGGACAGUGACGGCCCCACGCCGAUCCCGUCGCCUGCGCAGAUGAAUGGCUUCGUGUACGCAGAUCGCGCCCCGGAGCCGUACACGACACCGCAGACUUCGGCAUUCACGGUGGACCAUGCAGAGUCGGCAAAGCGUACAGAAGCGAUGGUGGUUGAGACGGAGCCCGAGGCGUUGGACGACAGCGAUGAUCGCGGAUUCAAUGAAGAAGACGACAUGUCGUCCACGCCUGCGAGGUCCUCUCGGAAGCGGAAGAGCGUGCAACGAGCUGAGCCUGUUGCGAUAGAGGAGUCGCCCUCGUCCGCUUCGAAGAAGCGCAAGACGUCGUCCUCACGGUCAUCGCGGUCGAAGCGCUCAGCGGCGAGUGCUCCGCUUGCUCCUGCGGUGGUUGCCGUGCCUCCAGCUCCCAUUGUGAAGAAGCGCGCUCGCACGAAGAAGGAGCUGGCACGCGAACGCGAGCUGCGUGCUCUGGGCCAGUACUGUCCGGUUUGCAGCGAAGUCUACGAGGACGACGACCAGAGCACCUUUGUAUGCUGCGAUUCGUGCGAGCUCUGGGUGCACGGAGCUUGCGAUCCGAGUCUAACUCCGUACGUUGCGGUCAAGAUUGAUAGGGCUACUACUCUGAUAUCUAACACUUGUGUUUGUUUUAUGCCUGCAGGGAGCUGA